AGUAGAAUUACAAUUCAGUCCAAAUUCUAAAAUAUAUUUUAGGUGAUUCAUUGAGAGGAAGACUUCAUUCAUAAAAUGGGAAGAUGGGCGAUAGCAGUGCACGGCGGCGCCGGCAUCGAUCCGAAACUGCCUUUGGAGAGACAAGAGAAAGCCAAACACCUUCUUGCUCGUUGUGUUAACCUUGGUGCUUCUGCUCUUCGUACUAAUAAUCUUUCUGCCCUUGAUGUCGUUGAACUUGUUGUGAGAGAAUUAGAGACGGAUCCGGUAUUUAACUCAGGUCAAGGAUCAGUGUUAACCGAGAAAGGGACGGUGGAGAUGGAGGCAAGUAUAAUGGAUGGCCUGAAACGAAGAUUUGGCGCCGUAUCGGGUUUGAGCACAGUGAAGAAUCCGAUUUCACUAGCGCGACUUGUUAUGGAGAAGUCUCCUCACUCUUAUCUUGCUUUCUCAGGAGCUGAGGAGUUUGCCCGCCAACAGGGCGUGGAAAUGAUGGAGAAUGAGUACUUCAUCACACAAGACAAUGUGGGUAUGUUAAAGCAGGCUAAGGAAGCUAAUGCCAUCCUGUUUGAUUAUAGAAUACCAACUACGGGAUUGGAAAAUUGUUGUGCCGUGGAAGCAGACAAUCCAACAAUGAUGAACGGUCUACCAAUGAGCGUGUACGCGCCUGAGACAGUAGGAUGCGUAGUAGUGGACAAGGAAGGGCGAUGCGCAGCCGCCACAUCGACAGGAGGUCUGAUCAAUAAGAUGGUUGGGAGGAUAGGGGACUCCCCUAUCAUUGGGUCAGGGACAUACGCGUGUAAACUUUGUGCAAUAUCUUGUACCGGAGAAGGGGAGGCUAUCCUACGAGGAACGUUGGCUCGCGACGUAGCGGCUGUCAUGGAGUAUAAAGAUUUGAGGCUUCAAGAGGCAGUGAACUUUGUGAUUAAGGAGAGGCUUGAUGAUGGAGGCAAAGCUGGGCUUAUUGCUGUGUCCAAUAAUGGGGAAGUGGCGUAUGGUUUUAAUACAAAUGGUAUGUUUAGAGGUAGUGCAACCGAAGAUGGGUUCACAGAGAUUGGCAUUUGGGAGUAGAGAUUAUUAAUUACUAUCUCCGGUUCUUAAUACUCGCCAUAAAGAAGAAUUGAUUGUGAGACAUAAAAUAUUCUUUUGUUGCGAGUAAUAAAAAUUGGACUUAGUACUUUUUUUUUUUUAUUUUUUUUAUUUUUUUUACUAUGUCAUAGCUAAAAUUGUUAUCAAUCUUAAUGUUAUUGUUACAAAAAUAUUUGUCUAUUAUAAUUAUUUUUUUAUUUCAACACUUGAAGUUUGGUAGACUAAUCUUGUCUGUACUGUUUGAUUAUGUUAUUUGAAUAUUGAUAUAUGCAUGCACAAAGUUUCAUAUGCGGCUGGCCGCACCG